AAAAAAAAAAGCGCAAAACCCUAAUUCUCGUUUCCUCUCCAAACUCCCACCUUAACCAGUCUCGCCGCCUCUGAAAGCUCACAUCCGGUAGAAGCUCCGUUCUAGCUUUCAAUUAGUAUCGGGUAAUGGAGCAUAAACUAGCCACUGCUGAGAAGAAGGUGCUAGUGGAGCUGGUGAAGCUAGUGCAGAAGCAAGGUUUAGAAGGCGACAACGGAGGAUGGAAAGAGUUUCUAAACUCUUAUGAUAAGAGAUUAGGAUCGUCUCUCAGCGAUCCUUCGAGACGCUCCAAUGAUGUAUUGGUCGCUUUUCUUUCCUCUUUCAAAAAGAAGGAAGAUGUCCAGCUAUUGGCUAGGGUUCUUCAGUGUGAUGCUAAUCGUAACUUGAUUGAGAAGUUCAAGCAAGAAUCUCCUGAUAAAGAGACUCCUGAGCAGAGGCUAGUUCGAAUGACUAUUACUCAUCCUAGGUACCCAAUCUACUAUGCUUUCCCUUCCCACGCCGAGGAUUGGUUUGUAACUAAGAGUGGCAAUAAGCAGUCAAAAGUGAUCAAGUCAACCAGAAUGCUUGCUAUUGAUUGUGAGAUGGUUACCUGUGACGAUGGCAGUGAAGCUGUUGUCAGGGUUGGCGCUGUCGACCGUGAUUUAAAGGUGGUUCUUGACAAAUUUGUGAAACCGAGCCUACCGGUUGUUGACUAUAAGACUGAGAUUACUGGAGUUACUGCUGAGGAUCUUGAAAAAGCCACUCUCUCUGUUGCUGAUAUUCAGAAAAAACUCCGGAGGUUUCUUUCUAAGGGAACUAUUUUAGUUGGUCACGGUUUGCACAAUGAUCUUCAAGUGUUGAAGGUAGAUCAUGCCAGAGUCAUCGAUACUUCCCUUGUAUUCAAGUAUUCCGGUGCAAACAAUUCUCGAAUACCUUCUUUGUUAAACCUAUGCAAGUCUGUUUUGGAUGAAGAACUGAGAAUGGAGGGUGCUGCCCACAAUUGCGUUCACGACGCUGCCGCUGCUAUGAAGCUUGUGCUUGCUGUUGUGGAGAGAGGAGUAGAGACUUUGAUUCCACAAACCGAACAAAUGUUGGAGGUUGAGAAGACAAUACAUGAGGCUAAGAAGGCAAGUCUCUAUCUUCAUAAGAUACCUCACAAUGUUCCCUCUCAAGAGUUACGAGGAGUUAUUACGGGAGAUUUCAAAGUCGACGUUAAGCCACCAAAGAAGCUAGGAGGUUAUUAUAGCGCAGAAGUUGUUUUUAGUAGUCAAGAGGAAGCAAAUGAAGCAUUUGAAAAAGUUGAUGGAGAUAUAGUUAAGGUAAAUUGGGAUAGGGUGGUGGUAUCGACGCCGAUGACGGGAGUGUGGUGGGACAUCAACACGUGUCCGAUUCCCGCUGAUGUUGACCCUCGUUAUGUCCGUCAGUUUGUUUGGAAUUGCGGCCCGUGGCGCGCGAUGGUAAUAUGCCUAGAUUUUUUUGCACAGUUUGCAAUUAUCCCGCCUACGACGAAUUCAACAUGUCCCUCCAUAAUGAAAGCAAAGAUCAUAAGCAGAAAGCUGGCUGAGAAAGAAAGAGCCGCCUCCUCAGCAGAGGAUUGCGAGAGCAGGAAGAGAAAUCCACAAGUGAAUCUCUUUAACGAGAUAAACAAGAAGCAAUCUCUUGAACGAGCGCCCAUGGAACUAGACUUAGUUGCCUAA